AACAACGCUGCCAUGAUGAGCCGUCACCUUGUACAGGAGGCGCUCAGUCUUGAGGACGUCUGUGGGAUGCUACGACAAGAACUGUGCCAGGGGAAUGACUUUCUCCAGUCAGAUACCCACAUCUUCAUCAUCUUAGGGGCUUCGGGUGAUCUAGCCAAGAAGAAGAUCUAUCCAACCACCUGGUGGCUGUUCCGAGAUGGGCUGCUUCCAGAUGACACCCACGUGGUGGGUUAUGCCCGGUCCCGGCUCACGGUCGCUGACAUCCGCAAGCAAAGCCAGCCAUACCUAAAGGCCACCCCCGAGGAACAAAAGAAGCUGGAUGCGUUCUUUGCUCGCAACUCCUACGUCCAAGGGAAGUACGACGACCGGGCCUCCUUCGAACAGCUCAACGCUCACCUGAACUCUCUGCACAAUGGCGAGAAAGCCAACCGGCUCUUCUACCUGGCUUUGCCACCUAGUGUCUACGAGGACGUCACCCAGAACAUCCGGGAAACCUGCAUGAGUACAGUCGGCUGGAAUCGUGUCAUCGUGGAGAAGCCUUUUGGCAAGGACUUGGAGAGUUCCAACAGGCUGUCGGACCACAUUUCGGCGCUUUUUAGAGAAGACCAGAUCUACCGCAUUGACCACUACCUUGGCAAGGAGAUGGUGCAGAACCUGAUGGUGCUCAGGUUCGGGAACCGGAUCUUUGGCCCCGUCUGGAAUAGGGACAACGUGGCCUGUGUCAUACUGACCUUCAAAGAGCCGUUUGGCACAGAGGGCCGUGGCGGCUACUUCGAUGAGUUUGGCAUUAUCCGGGAUGUGAUGCAAAACCACCUUCUUCAGAUGCUCUGCUUGGUGGCCAUGGAGAAGCCAGCCUCGACCAACUCCGAUGAUGUGCGAGAUGAGAAGGUAAAGGUGCUCAAGUGUAUCUCGGAGGUAAAGCCUGAGAACGUGGUGCUCGGUCAAUACGUGGGGGAUCCAGCAGGCCAAGGGGAAGCUCGGAAGGGCUACCUGGAUGACCCGACAGUCCCACCCGGCUCCACCACCCCCACCUUCGCCGCAGCUGUGGUCUAUGUGGACAAUGAAAGAUGGGAUGGCGUGCCGUUUGUCUUGCGCUGCGGCAAAGCCCUGAACGAGCGCAAGGCGGAGGUGCGGUUGCAGUUCCGGGAUGUGCCGGGCGACAUCUUCCAGCGGCAGUGCAAGCGCAACGAGCUGGUGAUCCGUGUGCAGCCCAACGAGGCCGUCUACACCAAGAUGAUGACCAAGAAGCCUGGCAUGUUCUUCAACCCGGAGGAGUCGGAGCUUGACCUCACUUAUGGCAACCGCUACAAGGAUGUGAAGCUCCCAGAUGCCUAUGAGCGCCUCAUCCUGGAUGUCUUCUGCGGGAGCCAAAUGCACUUUGUUCGCAGUGAUGAACUGCGUGAGGCCUGGCGUAUCUUCACUCCAUUGCUCCACAAGAUCGAGGCUGAGAAGACCCCGCCUAUUCCCUAUCGCUACGGAAGCCGCGGCCCUCCCGAGGCGGAUGAGCUGAUGAAAAAGGUCGGCUUCCAGUAUGAAGGCACCUACCGCUGGGUCAACCCUCACAAGCUGUGA